AUGGGGAAGGGAAAUAAUAUGAUCCCUAAUGGACAUUUCCAUAAGGAUUGGCAACGAUUCGUGAAAACAUGGUUUAAUCAACCAGCGAGGAGACACCGAAGAAAGCAAAAUAGAAUUAAGAAAGCUAAAGCGAUUGCACCCCGUCCAGCAGCGGGUCCUCUGAGACCAGUCGUUCGGUGUCCCACUGUACGGUAUCAUACUAAGGUCCGCGCAGGCCGUGGAUUUACUCUCAGAGAAAUCAGGGCUGCUGGGCUAAACCCUGCCUUCGCCAGAACAAUUGGUAUCGCUGUAGACCCUCGCAGACGUAAUAAGUCUGUUGAAUCUUUGCAGAUUAAUGUACAAAGGAUUAAAGAGUACAGAGCUCGUCUUAUCUUGUUCCCUAAGGGUAAGAAGGUUCUGAAGGGUGAGGCCAAUGAGGAGGAGCGUAAGUUAGCUACUCAGUUGCGUGGCCCUCUGAUGCCAGUUCAGCAACCUGCACCCAAGUCCAUUGCCCGUGUUAUUACCGAGGAAGAAAAGGACUUCAAGGCUUAUCAAUAUCUACGAGGGGCACGCUCUAUUGCGAAACUUGUUGGUAUUAGAGCAAAAAGGUUAAAGGAUGCAGCUGAAAACCCGGAUGAUGUAACUAAAGCCCCAUCAGCUGCAAAAGAAGGAAAAUCCAAAAAGUAA